AUGAGCCCAGCUGGCCAUCUCCGCUCGCCGAAGAGCUUGCGGAUUCUGCGAUGGUUCUCGGCAGGUGCGCUUCUCGGCGGCCUGUCCCCGACAUUCGCCGCGGUAAAGUCUGUCAAGAGUGCGCUUGUUGUUAUGCCUCCCGUGCAGAUGUGGGAUCCGAUUCAGCAGAUACGCCGCGGCCGCGAUAAAGGAUUCUUCCGUUGGAUGCCACACAUCAAUAUGCUCUACCCCUUUCUGGAGGACUCUGGUGGCGACUUUGAGGCGGCUGCUGCUCGUGCACGCGAGGCCCUGCAAGACGUGGAGCCGUUCACUCUCCAGCUGCAACAGUUCCAUUUCUUCGAGCACAGCCGACGGAGCUGCACAGUCUGGCUGAGGCCGCAGGAGGGUGAUGAUGCCACUGAUGCAGAUUCUCCGGCUCUUCAUGCAGUCCACGAGAGGCUGUUGGGAGCGUUUCCAUCUUGCACGGACUUAUCCGAUGACCCGUCGCGGGACAUCGGCAAAUUUGUUCCACACCUCUCCGUCGGCAGCUGGCGGGGGGCCACGGAGGCUGCAGCGGCUGUGGAAGCCUUUCAGAAGACCUGGUCCUCACUCUCCUUUCCUGUCUCCUCCGUCUACUUCAUCAGCCGGCGAAAUUACAACGAGCCAUUCCAAGUGCGCUGGGCAGUUCCGCUGGGUCCGAGUCCAGCGGCUCCGAAGGAGCUUAACCUUCGGUACUUGGCUCGCCCAGACUGCCCGGGUGGCAAGGACAUCUGGGAGUUUGGCAGGAAGAGGGCGGCUGCCAGCUACAUCCACAAUGCGGCUGUGGAGAGCUGGGACCUUCUCCCGUCCGACCAGUGCCAGAGCAAUCAAAACGGAAGUUGA